AUGUUCAAUAACAGGCACUGGGUAUUCCAGCAAGAUUCGGCGCCAGCUCAUAGAGCGAAGAGCACACAAGACUGGCUGGCGGCGCGUGAAAUCGACUUCAUCCGGCACGAAGACUGGCCCUCCUCCAGUCCAGAUUUGAAUCCGUUAGACUACAAGAUAUGGCAACACUUGGAGGAAAAGCUUCAUCCCAAUUUGGAGUCACUCAAGACAUCCUUGAUUAAGGCAGCCGCCGAUAUUGACAUGGACCUCGUUCGUGCUGCGAUAGACGACUGGCCGCGCAGAUGA